UAGUUACAUAGUUUAGUGAAAAAUACUAAAGCUCAAGAAAAAUUGCUAUAAUCAUUAGUAAUUUUUACUAAAAUCGAAAAUUACUAUCGGAUUAUAAUAAAUUUUACUAUGUUGCAUAGUAAAAAAAGCGAGAAAAAAUAGCUAUAUUUACUGCCACGGGAAAAAAAAACGCGCGCGGCGCAUGACAACGCUAUUCAGGUUAGGUUCGUCAUGCCAUUGCCGGUGUUUUGAGUUGUGUCAACAUUGCCAGUGCUGAUCGUUCUGUUGGAAAUUUCGUGUUGACAGUCUUACAGAGUCAAGACGACGUUCAGGACGAAUCAGGCAAUGCAGGCCCAUUAAAAGACAUCACAAACAACAAUGAAAUUAUUCCAGCUAACAUUACAACUAAAUAAGUAGAACAAGACGUAGAUCAAGCUCCUGCAAUUGCCACAUAUAUCAGCACUCUAAGUUUUUGUUUGAUUUGAGCCCUUGUAGAAACUUACAGUAGAUUAUUGGUUUACACGGAGAUAGAAAGUUUUGGUAUUAAAAAAUUCAUAGGUCAUUUACUGCCGACAGUUUUUAAAGCACACGCCUGGGGUAUUCUUUAUACCCUUUUAGAUAUGUUUAGCUAUAGGAUGCAUCACAUCCAACCUAAUUACAGAGUACAAAUUUUGAGUCAUUUACAUAGCCUUGCUGCUGUACCACAGACUAAUCAAACGCAAUUACAUCUCUGUGUUGAGAGUACUGCAUUACGGCUAAUUACGAAUCUCGGCUCUGCAGAAGUUCAACCGCAUUUGUCCAGAUUCUUGUCUGAACCAAAAACACUUGUUUCCGCUGAUUCGGAAGAGCUUAAUAGGGCUUUAGUUUUAACUCUUGCUAGAUCAAUGCAUAUUACAGGAACUGGUGGAGAUGGAAGUGGUACUUGGUGUAAGGAUCUGCUUAAUAUUAUUAUGCAAAACACGCCGCAUUCGUGGGCGGAUCACACGUUGCAAUGUUUCCCUCCCAUUUUAAGCGACUUUUUCUUACAAAAUAGUAUUUCGAAAGAGGAUAAACAACAGAUAAAGAAAGCCGUUGAAGAAGAAUAUAGAAAUUGGAGUUCAAUGAGCAAUGAAAACGAUAUUCUUGCUCAUUUUGCUGUUCCGAAUUCUCCUCCGUUAUUUCUUUGUCUCUUGUGGAAAAUCAUUCUUGAUAAUCAUCGUAUUAGCAUCGUAUUAUAAAGCUCAAGAAAAAUUGCUAUAAUCAUUAGUAAUUUUUACUAAAAUCGAAAAUUACUAUCGGAUUAUAAUAAAUUUUACUAUGUUGCAUAGUAAAAAAAGCGAGAAAAAAUAGCUAUAUUUACUGCCACGGGAAAAAAAAAACGCGCGCGGCGCAUGACAACGCUAUUCAGGUUAGGUUCGUCAUGCCAUUGCCGUCUCAUGUAUACGUACUCCACGAGCGACGCGGUGUUUUGAGUUGUGUCAACAUUGCCAGUGCUGAUUUAAGCUAUCGAUUUAUGAUCAAAGAAACGGCUGGCCCGACUUUCAUGUCCAGGAAUUCUAAACUAUUAUUUAGAAAUUCAUUACCAGAUUUUGAAAAGUACUGCCACUUAUUGAACGAAUUUGACUUAUCAAGCGUUAAAAUGGUUUUUUUUAUAUAAACUUAUAAAAAAACAUAGUAUUUUUGUGUCUGCUUCUUCUUCCGGUCCUGUUUUUCAUGAAGUUCAUGAAAUAUUCAAACGGAAUUCAAAGCAUACUUUUAUAACAAAAAUAUUAGGAGAGCGAUCAUUUGCAUGCCUUUAAAGUUUAUACACUUGAUAGUUAUGAUUGGAAUAAGGUAGAAGAAGAAGAAGUUCACGACUAUUAUUUAUCUAAAAUGGUUAUGGCAUGCGAUGGAUUUAAUUAUAUUUAAGAAAAUUGGAUUUAAAAUAAACAUAUUUUAUUAUUGGAAGUGUUAUUUCUUGUUAUUUUUUUCCUCAUAAAAAGUUGAAAUUAUAUUUGAAUUUUACAGAACCAGUUG